UCCUCUCUCUCCUUUUGUACCUUACCACCGAAGCUCACGCAGUCAAGCUCAGCCGUCUUUCUUCCUAGCAAUUUCCUACUCUUCUUCUUCUUUCAAUUAUUUUUUUUCUCAGUCGCCAAAAAAAAAACCAUCUACAGUGAGAAUCGCAUCGCCAAGGCUGUAACAGUUGUCCCAAAACGACGUCGCAGAGAGAGAGGGAGAUGGAGAGUUCGAGCAGCUCGCAGAGGGAGAAGAGCAGGGCGCCGCUGAAGGAGGUUGUAUCGGAAUGCGUGAAGCGGUGGUUCAAGGAUACUCUCAAGGAGGCCAAAGCUGGAGAUAUUAAUAUGCAGGUGCUGGUGGGACAGAUGUACUAUAGCGGCUAUGGUGUUCCCAGAGAUGCCCAUAUGGGGAGAAUGUGGAUCACAAGAGCGUCGAGGACCCGGUCUUCGGCUUGGAAAGUUUGUGAAAAGCCACCGGGCUAUAAUGCUAGUGAUUCAGAUUCAGAUGAAUUGAAGGGGGAGUCGUAGCUGGCCCAACACAAACUUCAUGUGCAAUUAUAGUUUGAGCAAGAUGUGCUCAGAAAUGUUCAUGUUCUUCAUCUGCAUUAUGCAUUAUGGAUGCAUUCUUCAAUUUAUCUCUUUUCCUGAAUUUACCAAUGUAAUCAUAACAUUUUGUGUCAUAUAAAAACCGUUAUUUUUUAUUGCA